AUGCCCAACUUUGGGCCAUCACGACAGUACCUCUGGUUUCACAUUCUGUAUAAAACGGGGUCUGCACUUGGUGCACUAGCCCUUCUAGCUCUUAGUUUCAUAUGGAUCUCAGUCAAAUUGGUUAGUUUCAGAGGGGCAGAUAAUGCUUAUGGUUUUAGUCACGGAAAAAGGAUGCAAAAAUUAGACACUUGGAUUAUCUGCAUUUCACUAAUCAGCAACUCUUUUAUGUGGGUUCUGCGUCCAAUUGUAAGAUCUGCCACGCACAUAAAACAUCCACAUAUCUUUGUUCUUAUUUCUAUACUUGUUGCCAAGCUGUUAGGAUGCUUUCUCAUAAUUGGACUGUUUGCCUUUUAUUGCAUAGUCGUAAAAGAGCUAGAACUAGACGUGCAACUAAAUGCUGUUUGCAUGCUUCUUGGUCUGUUGAUCCUAGUUUUGGCGUUAACGCUUGCAUGUAUGUCCUUCUGGUUUGGAAUAAGAUAUCUAAGAGCAAUUCUAGGUGGGCACUGGACUUUGUCGUCUGAUUCCGGAAACAAACGCUCUAAUUGGUCUAAGGUGUGGCAACAUAUCCGCGCACACCCUUAUCCUAUCGUUAUUUUUCUUACUAUUCUAUCGGUUUUUUGUUUCAGCAUAAUAUUUAGCCCUAUCUUUGCAAACUCUCUUCCAUUUUAUUACAUUAUAAGCACAAUCUUGAACAACAAGGGCACUGCCGGUAUAAUUGUAUCCACCGGUGGUUAUAUGCCUUAUGCACCGGCCAACAGUCUUCUAGGCCUUAAUAUUGCGUCAGAUAUCUUAGACACAUCUUUCACCUUGGACUGCGCCCUCAUAGGCGAUUUGAAUCUUGUUGCCACUAAUUGCUAUGAUAUCUCCAAGUGUGUUUCAUCGGACUCAUUAGAGACUGCACUAGAAGAGGGACGUGGACGCGUUUAUGGCUUUUCCGGCGUGAUGAGCCCACAUGACAUUCUCACAUUCAGUAGCUCACAGAUAACUUCUUUGAACGUUGGCAGUAAGUACUUGGAAUUGGACCCGUUCGGACACAUUAGUCCCUUCCUUAUAGCCACUCCUGAUAAGACAUGCGCCUCUGAGAUAAUUAGGAUCGAAGGCGCAUACAUUGAAAGUCUUAAAUCGCAAAAUGUAUCUCUCUUAAUUGAUACCCUAUUACUGGGCCUGUCUACCACACCUUAUACCUUGAUUCGUCUGCGAGACAGACCUGGUAUAGUAUACUGUUCUAAUCAUAGUGAGCAUAACUUCCGAAGAGGCGAAGCGGCCCCUUCAUUUCCAUAUGCAUACAUGCUUGGAGUAUCCUUUAUCAAUCUAAUACACACACUAACUACUACGGCCGCCUCUCAGUUGGAUACCUGUGGUGUCCUUAUUGACAGCCCAAUCACUUUCCAGAAAGUUGCAUCAUAUAUCGAUCCGAACCAUCCACACAUGAAGUUAUUGGUCCCAGCCAAGUGUAUAGUUGAUGGCUCAUUAAACACCACAAUGUCUCUUGAUUCGGUCAGGAAAGUCACUAUAGCCGGCGUGUACUGUACCUUUCAUUCUAUAAGCUACUGUGUACGAGCUUUCUCGAUUGUCUCGAACACUUCUUCCUUUGAAAUCCAUUUCCUUCACGCCAAUUCCUUUUUGAUGAUGACUGCUGCUGUGCUGCUCAAUGCGCAAUACAUUCACACAGAGUUUUAUGCGGCGUACGGGCCUGAUGCAUCCUUUAUUGUUGACUCUAUAUUAUUUUUCAAUCUACGAAUCGGAUUGAUAUUGUAUGUUUGUGCUUAUUGCUUCUUUCUUGUCGCCUCUUUGACAAUAAUGUCCUAUUCGGAGAUAUUACUCAAACGUUGA